AUGUCUUUGCCUCUCCCUCGGACCCUCCCCAGGGUCAUCCUGAAGAGAUCCUAUGGCACCGUCCAGCAAGCCCCCAGCGCCGCCUCCCUCGCCAGCCGAAUCCCAAUUGCAUUGCAGGAGGCAACGGGGGCUACCGCCCCCCGAACCAAUUGGACCCGGGAAGAGGUCCAGCAGAUCUAUGAGACGCCGUUGAAUCAGCUCACCUAUGCUGCUGCUGCUGUUCACCGUCGCUUUCAUGACCCUGCAGCCAUCCAGAUGUGUACCCUGAUGAACAUCAAGACAGGCGGCUGCAGUGAGGACUGCUCGUAUUGUGCACAAUCCUCCCGGUACAAUACGGGGCUCAAAGCGACGAAGAUGAGCCCUGUUGACGACGUCCUAAACGCGGCUCGUAUCGCCAAGGCGAACGGAAGCACCCGUUUCUGCAUGGGUGCCGCCUGGCGCGACAUGCGCGGCCGCAAAACUAGUCUGAAAAAUGUUAAGCAGAUGGUGUCGGGUGUGCGAGAGAUGGGAAUGGAGGUUUGUGUAACGCUUGGUAUGAUUGAUGAGAACCAGGCCAAGGAAUUGAAGGACGCCGGCCUAACCGCCUACAACCACAACCUGGAUACCUCGCGCGAGUUCUACCCGUCCAUCAUCACGACCCGGUCAUACGACGAGCGGCUUAAAACCCUAUCACAUGUGCGAGACGCUGGCAUUAAUGUAUGCUCUGGCGGGAUUCUGGGUCUGGGCGAGGCAGACUCGGACCGUAUUGGUCUCAUCCACACAGUCUCAUCCUUACCUUCGCACCCCGAGUCUUUCCCCGUGAACGCCCUGGUGCCCAUUAAGGGUACCCCACUGGGAGACCGCAAAAUGAUCUCCUUCGAUAAGCUUCUCCGAACGGUUGCCACCGCCCGAAUUGUGCUUCCUGCCACCAUCGUUCGCCUGGCUGCCGGUCGUAUCUCCCUCACCGAAGAGCAGCAGGUUGCCUGCUUCAUGGCCGGAGCUAACGCCGUCUUUACGGGUGAGAAGAUGCUCACGACUGACUGCAAUGGCUGGGAUGAGGAUCGGGAGAUGUUUGAGCGCUGGGGUUUCUACCCCAUGCGCAGUUUUGAAAAGGAGGCCGCGGGAAGCGAUUCGCCUACUCGGGAAAAUGUGACUACUGCGCCGGCCGCAGCGAGCUCGUAG